AAAAAAACAGAGCCACCUGAAAAUAUAUACAUUUCCCCGUAGAAAAUAUUACAAAUACUUUAAAUCAGAAAAAUCAUAUUGUUUAGCAGAGUUCCUCCAACCACGCAGCCCGAUUUCAAAUCGAAAGCCAAAAAACCGAAUGCACAUCGACGGCGCCCAACAAAUGGAGCAGCAGCAUGAUGCCAAUUCGACGAGGCUGAUGAUGAUGAUUUAGAUGGUAAAGGAUCUGGAACUGAAACUGUAGGUGUAGCCAUUGUCGAAUUUCGGAAAGCGAAACUGUAGAUGAAGAACCUGAAGGCGGUGGCUGGAGAACGGAAAUGAAAUCAAAUCGCACAGGAGCAGCUGCAGCCGGCGGCAAUAAUAAUAAUAACAACGUUUGUGAAUUAUGGCCAAAGUUAAUUAAAAGCCAGGCCAAGUGGAACUAGAGCUGCACACAUAAAUCAAUCCGGAGAUCGAGAGAAACAUGUAGAAUGCUGGUGGAAUGCCAAUAUCCCCAUGUCAAUGCCUAUUUACAUGGCCAAUGAAAAAUGGCCUGCAUCGCAUACAAUACAAGAGGCCAAGAGGAACGCAAACGAAAACAAUCCAAAUCGAAAUGACUUAAAGCGGCUUACCAACGCAGCAGAACAAAGCAAACAUAACGUAUACGCAACGUCCAACACGGCGGAUGCAUGAUUAAUUGCACUUUAAAUACACAAGGAAAACGAAAACGAAAAAACGAAAACCAAUUCUCCAUCAAGGAAAAAAGCAGAAGUAAAAAAGCCAUCAAAAUGUUGCCAACAAAUGUGAUGUCGUUCAUGAAAAAGAUGGUGGCCACCGAUGAGCAGACCAGCGAACGGCAGCAACAUGCAGCGGAUUCUGGGGGCGGGGCCUCCCAAACGGGGGCCCUGAACAAGAUGAAGGCUACGAUUUCCUCCUCGCUGCUCACCGUCACAGACAAAGUUAAUAAAAUGUCGCCACGCCCCUCGUUGGUGCCGACGGAUGCGGAUACCAGCGGCAGUUACGGCUCGCCCAGCUAUCAAAACCAGCAGCAACAGCAGCAGCAGCAGCAGGAUUCCGGCAGCACUUUAAAUAACAACAACAAUAACAGCACGGCAGGCGGAGGAGGGGGCGGGGCAGCGGCCAAGCAGGAGCCAGGACGACGGGCCGGCGCCUGCAGGGUGUGCCUCAAGUCCUUCAAGCCGGACGACUACCACAAGACGUGCUUCGAGUGCCAGCAGCGAGUGUGCGAGGACUGCGCCAGCUACAGCAAGCUGGACGAGCACGAGGAUGCGACCAUGUGGCGUUGCAGCGUGUGCCGCCGGAAAAUGGCCUCGCGGGUGUGCAUUCCACAGGACUCGACGGACUCCAUGCUGGACGUUCCCGUCCUGGAGGCUCUGCAGCGCCGGCACUCGGACGCCAAGUUGGGCAGCAGCACGCAAACGCUGGCGCCCAGCAAUGGAGCCGCCCUUGCACCGCCGAGGAGUCCUGAAUUACGACGCCACUCAGACGUUUCGCCAGCCUCGCUGAAAGAGUUGGAACGGCAACUGAAAGGUGGCCGCAGCAUGGCGCCCAGUCGCUCCAACAGUCCGCCGCGGGGCGAUGGCCAGGACGGGCAGCCCCCCUUCGGCGCGCCCCUGUCCCGGAUGCAGUCGCGUAGGGGAUCGCGGGUGGCGCGACAGCACAGCUACGAUGACGACAUGAAAACGGGACCCGUGGGUGGCAGCAUGGGCGGCGGUGGACCGGCGUUGGGCUUGGGGGCGGAUGGAGCGGGCCUGGGCAUUCCGGCCAUGCCGCGCAGGAAGUCCGCCUAUGAUGUGUUUGCCCCCGGGCUGACGCAGGGUGGCGCCACGCCCGCCACUCAGCUGCAGAGGUCGCCGGGCGAGGGGGGCAUCAUGCCGCCCAUCCAGCUGCCCGGUUCGAGGAGACCCUCGUUCCGGGUGCCACAUCCCUCGGAGGACAUCCAGAACGACGACUCGCCGGGCUCGCCGGAUAAGGGAAGCCCCGUGCUCACCGUCGACGAUGACCGACGGAUGCGGCGACGCGGCUCCCAGCUACCCGACAUAGCAAUGCUGCAGAAUCGCGGUGCUUUGCCGGCCGUGCCGCCAUCCUCGAUUCCGCCGCCCAUGGCCUCGUUCACGGGCCCCAAUCUGGAGGAUUUGGAGGCGCCGCGGCGGCAAACAUCAAUGGACGGCGAGGCCAUUAGGAUCGUAAUACACGACGUGGAUUCGGGGCCGAUUUGUGCAUCUAAGCGGCGCAUCAUUCUGCGCCGGGAUCCCACGGACAAGGCGCACCGCACACGUGGCUUUGGGAUGCGCGUCGUCGGCGGAAAAACGGGAGCCGAUGGCCGUCUGUUUGCCUACAUUGUGUGGACCGUUCCAGGAGGAGCGGCCGAGAAGAAUGGCCUGCAGCAGGGCGACAAGAUACUUGAGUGGAAUGGAAUGUCGCUAAUCGACCGAAGUUUCGAGGAGGUGUGCUCCAUCAUGGACCGAACCGGGGAUAUUGUGGAGCUGCUGGUGGAGCAUGCCACGGAUUUCAGAAUGUGCGAUCUGUUCGACGAAAACCUGCCGCCCGGCAAUGCCGGCGGUCAGAGCGGACCUCGGCGAUCCGGAGACGGUCCCGUCGGCCUCGGCCUCAUAGCAGAACCCGAAACCACCACAGACAAAUCACCAGCAUCGCCAACUAGACGGAAAUUACCAAAAACUCCGGAGCAAAUUGCCCGCGAGAAGCUCGUCACCGGAAGGGUGCAGAUCCAGGUGUGGUACCAUGCUGAGCGCAACGAGCUGGUCGUCUCCCUGAUGGCCGGCGAUGACCUGGCACUGCGGGACGAGGCCUACGGACACGGCAAUCUGCCCGAGGCGUACGCCAAGGUCCGCAUUCUGCCCAAAUGUGGCGAUGGCAGCGUGCAGCAAACGGAGGUCAGCCGACCCACACAGAAUCCCAUUUGGAACGCCACACUGACCUUCGGUCAUGUGAAGGCCGACACCUUGAUGGAUCGCUACAUAGACAUCCAGCUGUGGGACCUGGUACCCCACACCGAAUCCAUUUUCCUCGGUGAAUGCAGCAUCGAGCUGCAGCAGGCCUUCCUCGACGACCAGGCCAUCUGGUGUCGGCUGGACGAUACCAAGGGUCUGCGUGGCAUUAGCAUCAGCAAAUCGCCAAGUGUUUCGCCUCGCGGCUCCAUUGCAGCCGGCGCCGGAGCUCCGAGUGGCGAUGUGACCCGGUUGCUGCGUCGCGAUUAUAAUAUGCACCGCUCCAACUCCGAUGACGUAGACUCCAUCGGAGAUGGAACCUCGCUGCUGCAUCCGGAUCACGCCUGGAUAGCUGGCUCGCGACGCGGUUCCUCGCAGUCGGAAACCAUGGAAGUGGAGGUCUACCAGCUGGGCAAGGACUUCUCGCGCUCAUUGCCGGGUUCGCGUCGAUCGAGCUUCCAGGAUGCCGAAAAGAAUCGGCUGGAGGAGGACGCCAUGGCCACGCCGCCCACCUCUUAUUUGGUGGGCAGGCGCCGUUCGUCCGUGGCUCGACGCGAUCCGGAUGAGAUCUUGAAAUCCUUGAAGGCUGUCCGCGGCGAGCUGGGGCGUACCAUGAGUCUGGGCACCGAGCAGCACAAGCGCAUGGGAUCGAGACGUGCCAGUCGCGUUGGAUUGCCGAGCGGACCGAAUAGCCGCAAGAGUUCCGUUCUGGAUUUGUCGCAACAGCAGCAGCAACAGUUGCAGCAACUCCAGCAGUUGCAGUUGCAGCAGCAGCAGCAGCUGUACUUGCAGCAGCAAUUGCCCAUGGGAGUGGGCCAGGCGGACACCAGUCCGCCAUCCGAGGACGAGGAUAAGCGCUACAGGCCGCGCUGGAAGGGAUCGGGUAGCCAGUUGCCGCCCCAGAGUCCCAAGCAGGUGCUCUCGCGGCUCAAACAGGCCGCCUCCGUGUCGAAUGUGGCCCAGGAUUCGAGUCGACAGGGUCAACUGAUGGCCACCAGCCAGCAGCAAAUGCCGCAGCAGCGCAAGAGCAGCGUUUUCCAGUUGAGCGAAUCCCAGGCUCCGUUGGCCCCACCCACAACCACCACCACUCUGCAGCGGAAGGGCAGCAUGUAUGUGGCCAAGGUCACCGAAACACCGCCCAUGGGCGGCACGCCCACUCGCAAGGGCAGCGUCUAUCAGAGGAGCGGCGUGGGUUUGGGAUUGGGUGUGGAUAAUCCCGGCAUGGAUAGUCCGCAGCGAAAGCAGAGUGUGGUCAAGACCCUCAGCGGCAGCUAUGUCAACACCUCGCCCAUCACCGGUGGGGAGUCCAGUUACGGCCUGAAACUCGGACCCUCGCAGAUCCAUCCGAAGGGCUACCGCCUGACCACCGCGCGGUACGGGGAACUCAAGAUGGGAUUCGUCAAGAUCAAGGGCAAUGUGGAGGUGGAGCUAAUCUGCGCCCGUAAUAUCGUCAACGAGGACUGCGAAACUCCGCCGGAUACCUAUGUGAAGUGCUACAUCAAGGAUGGGGACCGCCUGCGCCACAAGAAGAAGACGCGCGUUGUGCGCCACGCGGCGGAGCCCAUCUACCGGCAGACCAUUAAGUACCAGAGCUCGGACGUCUUUGGACGGAACAUCGUCAUCAUGGUGUGGCAGCGGUGCGUGGGCUUCGAGCACAACCAGGGACUGGGCGGCACGGAGGUGAAUCUGGACAAGGUGAGCAUCGGGCAGCCCAUCAACGGUUGGUAUCCGCUCUUCCCGAUGCACAGCUACGGAGGCUCCGAUUCUGACAACUCUCCCUGACCGAACAACCCGAUGGUAGUAGUAGUCCCAGUUCACAGGCAGUGCGGAGAUCGAAGUCCCCUGGAAUCCUCGGAAGUACUGCAAGCUCAAUUUGUUAGCGCCUAAGAUAUGGACACCAUAUAUUAUAUAUAUACCAUAUACCACAUAUUGUUAACCCGAGAUAAUAUUUCCCUGUAUGUAUUAGUUAUUAGUUAACUGAGCUUAGCGCGGGCUGGCAGGUUAUGUUACACUAAACACUAUAUAUUCGUGGUGAGAGAGCUUUGUAAGUAGGGUAUGUUUGUACACAGGUAAUGCAGCACUACAAAUGGGGGGAGUACGAGGAGUACCCUUAUAUCACAGACAGCACAAUAAUUGAGGAAUCGGAGUACCAGAAGCAUAUAGUAUAUAUAUUUUGCUUGUUGUGUUUUAUGAAAGUUUAAUGUUGUUCGCAAUUUGAAU